CCGACAGUUGGGAUACAUUGGUGGUUUCACUUAGCAACUCUGCUCCGGAUGGCAAGAUGACUAUGGAGAUGGUCAAGGCUAGUCUUUUGAAUGAAGAGGCUAGGAGGAAAGAAUCAGGUUACCCUAGCCAAGCCGAAGCAAAUGUGAUUCCAGAAUCUAGCAGGGGGAGAAGCAAGAGCAGAAAUCCUCACCAUAGAGACAAGUCCAGGGGGAGAUCAAAAUCUAGAAAAAGAGAUUUCAUUUGCCAUUAUUGUCAGAAGCCGGGUCACAUUGAGAGAUUCUGCAGAAAGAAGAAGAGGGACAUGUCCAGGGAGAGAAAAGAUAAAAAUGAGAAUUCCGAGCAGAAGCCAGAAGAGAAGAACACUACAGCCUUGGCAUCUAGUGAUGAUGAUUUGUUUGUUAUCGGUGAUCACGGACUAUUAAAUGUAGCCUGUGAUGACUGCACAUGGGUGAUUGAUUCUGGUGCAUCUUAUCAUAUUACUUCACACAGGGAGUACUUCUCAUCCUAUACUAGUGGUGAUUUUGGCCAUGUGAGGAUGGGAAAUGAUGGUUCGUCUAAGAUCAUCGGCAUGGGUGAUGUUUGUUUAGAGACUUCCACUGGUUGCAGGUUGGUGCUCAGGGAUGUGAGGCACGUCCCAGAUAUCAGAUUGAGUUUGAUUUCAGCUGGUUUGCUUGAUGAUGAAGGUUAUGCCAACAAAUUUUGUGAUGGAAGAUGGAAACUCUCCAGGGGCAGUUUGAUUAUGGCUCGAGGUAGGAAGCAGAAUUCACUUUAUGUUAUGCAGGCCAGAGUAUGUAGCGGAGAUGCCAAUGUAGCAGAUGAUGCCUCCGAGUCACAACCACAUUCAGAGUCACUACCACCUCAGUUGAGAAGAUCCACCAGAGUCAGAAAACCUUCCACAAGACUUUCGGAGGAUGAUUUUGUGCUAGUCACGGAUGGAGGAGAGCCAGAGACAUAUGAUGAGGCUAUGUCACAUGUGCACCGCGAGAAGUGUAGCUACGCAGGAAAGAGGGAGAAAAAAAAACAGAUUUCUCGCCACACAGUGCAGCAGCCACUUUUCACCACCGGAUCGAAGGCCAAACGAAGUCGGAUCGUGCUCAAAUUUUAGUAUGUUGUUCCUCACACACUCCUCUUCAUAUCCAACGGUCAGUUUCUCGUUUUGAUGCCCGGAAGGCUGUUUUCUAGUUGCAUUUUCAGACCUGCGUUUUUGGGAGUUUUUACUCCAUUUUAUGGUGAAUUGUUGAUUGUUGUUGUUCCAAGGUUGCUCCUUGAUGAUUGUGUAUGCCUCUAGUGUUUACUAGAGAGGAGAACUUGUUGUACCCACUUGAUUCUUGGUGAUUAGUGGAAGUUUGGGAGCCGUUGUUGAGCGGCCGUGGUUUUCUCCCCGAUUUGGGGUUUCCACGUAAAUCGUGUGUCAUCUACUUUAUUAUCGCUGCCAUU